AAAUGAAUAAGGAAAAUUGCAAGCCAAAUGAAAAACUUUACCUGCGUGGGUGUAUCUGUGUGUGGGCGGCUUUUUUGUGUAUGUGGUGGCAUUUUAGUGUUUGUUUUGAGCUACCGCCUACACACACCCACGCCCCGGCAUGCGCAUACACAAAUGCCGUAGGAAGGCCCCAACAAGCCGAGAAAACUAAUCGAUAUUGAUAAGAUACAGGUAAAAUGUGUAUUGUUGAAUGUCAAGGACUCAGACGGCAUAUUUUCCCAUUGAAAUGAAUGCACUUUUUAUUUGUUUAUAAUUUGAGGGAUAAUCUAUCUCUGGUCAAAGCCCUGGAAACGUAAAAGAUUCUCGAAAUUCCCCCUUUUGACUGUCACACGUACAAACAUACAGUAUAUGGAAUAUGCUGGGAAUUCCCUUUGAUAAACGGUGGAAUCUACCGUGACUCAAGCUUUUUGGCGGAGUACUCGUACUUAGAUGAUGUUGCAAAUUGGUUUGAAUAAAGUGAAUUGUCAUAUCGAAGGCUAGCAAAUGGUCGUAACUGGUUUUAUUCGAUUUACUCGAUUGAUUGUUAUCUUAUUUAACAAAUUGUAACCCCUAAUAGCAUGGGAAUCCAUCCAUUCACGACUCUACCUUUUUGUAGGUGGAUAAGUGUGCGGUGUGAUUUUUUUCUAUCUGCAUUCAAAAUCAAAACUUGUUUCCCUCUUAAUUAUACCGGCUGUGAUUUUGGGCUUAAAGAUGGGUUGAGGGUCGACGGCUAGACAGUUUAUAGUCAACCAUAGAUAGGCCAUCAUGUCUCGUAGAUUAUGCGCACUCUUUGUGAUGCUCCUAUUGCACCUGGCGGCAUCGGCGCCCCCAACACUAGUGCCGCAAAUACGCAUUCCCGGUUUCCAGCUCGAGCCCCUCGAUAACACAUACUACCUCAGCAUCCAGCACCCGGAUGGCACUAUCCGCCAGGAGUCUGUGAAGGAGAUUGCUCCGGGGCAGCUGCAAGUCCAGGGUGUGAUUAACCAGCCAUUCGAAGAGCACGGCACUUCGCUGGUGGUCACCUACCAGGCAGGUGCCAAUGGUUACGUGGCCAAAUAUACUUAUGGCAAGGGCCCGCCCACACCGCCGACCCAGCUGCCACAAUUCCUCAGUCCCAAUGCCUUGAAAUCAACAGCUGGCUAGCGGCUACUUAAAAAUAAAACCCUCCAGAAACCAA